CGGGGCGACAACGCCCUGCACAUGGCGUGCGAGAGCCCCUUUGUGUGCCCGGAGACGAUCCAGUGCCUGCUGCGCCACGGCGUGGACCCGACCGGGCCAAAUCUCGACGGCCGCACGCCGCUGCACGCGCUGUGCGAGAACCGCGAGCUCAGCAACCAGCAGACGCUGGAGGUCGUGCAGGCGCUGAUGGCCGGCCUCCCUGCCCGCGAGCAGUGCGUGAUCCUGAAGAGCAGGACCAGGCAGAGCAGGAGCACGCCGCUCGACUUUGCCAGGCGCGAGGGGCAGUUCCUCGUGAUCCGCUGGCUCGAGGAGCUGGAGGCGCAGCUGUUCAAGACAUCGGGAACAGGACUCUUGGGUCUGUGAGAGACGCUCCUUGCGACGGUUGUGAUUUGAAUGGAUGGAAGUGAUGGGCGAGGACAGUAACCAGGCUGACUGCAUAUUGAAAAACCUGUGUUCGAGGGCAUUUGCACGGAGUUUGGGUUUUGGGACGCAUCGGCAGUGUACGUCAUACGUGGGGACAAGUAGAGCAUCGUAAUAGCUCACAGCAAAACCCGACCUGGGGUGUCAUCUGUAUUGGA